GGCCACGAAUGCCUGAGCUCCUUCUUAUAAUGGUUGACAUUAUAAAUGUUUGUUCUAGUGUGGUUUUAAAUGAAGAAAUCCUAGUGUUAUAAGAAGGCCUAUUUGUUCCUGAACCAGUCUUUCAACGCUAUGUGCAUCUUAGAAGUUCUCUUUCUCAUCAAGCUCCUUCAUUUUAUCAACGCAGCAGCAGAUUGCUCAAUCUCCACGUGCAGCAUCGGUGAUGUCCCUGUUCGAUUCCCUUUCCGAAUAGAAGGUCAGCAACCUCGAAACUGCGGCUACCCUGGUUUCGAUCUCAGCUGCAACAAUCAGAGUUCGACAGUUCUAAAACUUCCUCACUCCGGGGACUUUCUCGUGCGUGACAUCAAUUAUCUCACACAACAAAUACAGCUUUACGACUCGGAUAAUUGCCUUGCUAAACGCCUCCUACAACUCAAUCUCUCAGGCUCUCCUUUCCUUGGUUUUUUCCAUCAGAACUACACCUUUCUAAGCUGCCCAACUCAGCUCGUGAAGUCUCGCUUCACCACCAUCAAUUGCCUCAGUAAUUCAACAAUAUCAGUUUUAGCUACCUCUUCCUUGAACCUUGUGAAUGAAAUGUCCUCAUCAUGUGAUGUUAUUAGUACGCUGAAAAUUCCAGUUUCAUGGCCAGUUAAGUACAAUGAAGGGUUCACAUCUGAUCUCAGUGAGAAUCUUCUAUUAACAUGGUUUUCUCCUGAUUGUAAUAAGUGUGAAACACAAGGCAGCAUGUGUGGUUUCCAUGGAAAUGCUAGUCAAGAAAUUGGUUGCUUCUAUGAUUCUAAAAAAGGCAAGUCUGCCAGUGAUCUCAGAGUUUUUGGGAUCUUUAUCCUGUUGAUUGGAAUACCAGUUCUUGUAUGUGCAAGUGGGAUCGCUAUUUCUUUAUACCUUAUGCCCUGGCAUCCUCGAACCAAUGAGGCAAAUGCCACGCAGAGGAACUCCACCAUAGCAGCAGUAUCACCGCAACCUACCAUCUUGGUGCUAGGUCUUGACGAGUCCACCAUCGAAUCAUUUGACAAGCUGGUCCUUGGGGAAAGUAAGCGGCUGCCUGGUCCCAAUGGUAGCACCUGUGCUAUAUGCUUAUCAGAAUAUAACAGCAAAGAAACAGUAAGAAUCAUACCAGAAUGCAAGCACUGUUUCCAUGCAGACUGCGUCGAUGAAUGGCUACGGAUGAACAGUACUUGUCCAGUUUGCCGGAAAUCACCAUCCCCUGCUCAUGUUAGAUCAUCAAACAUUUGACAUUAAUAGAUUUGAUCUCUCUGUCUCUCUCCCCUUGCUAGAUUGCGGCUGUUUUGUCCAUACGACCCCCCACCACCAACACACAGGCACACACAAUGUUUCGUUUUUCAACAUUACUGUUUCUUAUUUGUUUUGGAGGAGCAAAAUGUUUGCUAGUUUAUAAAUGACUAGGUUAAUUGCUUUUAACAAAA